AUGAGCGAGACAGAGAUGAAGAUUGAUCCGUCAAGAGCAAGCGCUCUUAUUUCCCAAAUACAGGCAGUCACCGAGAGAAUCGCCGCAGUUGCAAAGGGGCGUGCAGUACGGCUAGUUGCCGUCUCAAAAUUGAAGCCGGUCAAUGAUAUCCUUGCUCUACACGAGCCGCCCAUAAGGCAGCUGCACUUCGGCGAGAACUACGCACAGGAACUCGGUCAAAAGGCUAACCUGUUGCCCAAAACGAUUCAAUGGCAUUUCAUCGGUGGUUUGCAGUCAAACCAUUGCAAAAACCUGGCCAAGAUCCCCAACCUCUGGUGUGUCUCGAGCAUUGACACGCAAAAGAAGGCGCAGCUGCUAGACAAGCACCGAGGCGAGAAGAUCAAGGCCGACCCCGAAACACCAAAUAUUAAUGUCCAUGUCCAAGUGAAUACCUCGGGUGAGGAGUCCAAGUCGGGGUGUGCUCCUGGAGCCGAGGUUGUGUCCCUCUGCCGUUUCAUCGUCGAAGAGUGCCCCAAUCUUCACCUCCUGGGUCUGAUGACCAUUGGCGCCAUCGCACGGAGCGUGGCUACGACAGCCGAAAACGAGAACGAGGACUUUGUGGUGCUGAAGCAGCAGCGGGAUCUGGUGACCAAAGCGCUGGGCCUGGACAGGGAGCUGGAGCUGAGCAUGGGCAUGAGCGAGGAUUUUGAGGGUGCCAUUGUUAUGGGCAGCUCCGAGGUCCGCAUCGGCAGCACCAUCUUUGGCCAGCGGCCGGCCAAAUCGGAGGCAAAGAUUGUGGUGUGA